GUAAAAACACCGCAUUCCUUUGGCACAGGAUGAAGACCAGCUCAGCUCUUCAGCCGUUGAUCAUUGUCUAUUGUUCUCCAAACAGUAAACCACUAUUUCACACCAAGAGACUGUGAGCGGCAGUUCUGGCUGAGUCCUGAGCUUUUCAUGAAUAUGAAGUAAAGGGCUCUGACCCAGAAAGUGGUUCUGAGCAGGGUAAAAUGGGGUCUCGGAAAUGUGGAGGCUGCCUAAGUGGUCUGCUGAUUCCGCUUGCACUUUGGAGUAUAAUUGUGAAUAUAUUACUGUAUUUCCCAAAUGGGCAAACUUCCUAUGCAUCCAGCAAUAAACUCACCAACUACGUGUGGUAUUUUGAAGGAAUCUGUUUCUCAGGUGUCAUGAUGCUUAUAGUAGCAGCAGUUCUUCUUGUACUGGAGAAUGAUAAUAACUGUAAAUGUUGCCAGAGUGAAAACUGCAGCAAAAAAUACAUGACACUGCUGUCAAUGAUUUUUUCUUCCCUUGGAAUUGCUUUCUCUGGAUACUGCCUGGUCAUAUCCGCUCUGGGCCUUGUUCAGGGUCCAUACUGCCGCACUCUUGAUGGCUGGGAGUACGCCUUUGAAGGCACUGCUGGACGUUUCCUUACAGAUUCCAGCAUCUGGAUUCAGUGCCUGGAACCUGCACAUGUAGUGGAGUGGAAUAUCAUUUUAUUUUCCAUUCUCAUAGCACUCAGUGGGCUUCAGGUGAUUGUUUGCCUCAUCAGAGUAGUCACUCAGUUAUCCAAGAUACUGUGUGGAAACUAUUCAGUCAUCAUCCAGCCUGGAAUUAUUUGAAUAAGGACAAGAAUGUUUUCCAUUAUCAAGAUAUGCCAUCUGUUUUUCUCAUAUCUACUGUAUAGACUUAAGGGCAAUAUUCCAGUGAUGAUGUUUUCUCCAUUUGGUGUUUGUUGUGCCUGCUUAUGAAAUUUACAUUCCUCACUGAAUGUGCCAACUAUGCUACCUUUCCACUUAGAAUAUUUUUCUAAGCAAUAUGUGUCAGGAUCUUCAGAAAUGUUUAUACCCUUUGGUCAAACAAAUCCAUUUCCAAUAAUCCAUACUAUGGAAAUAAAUAAGAAUAGAAGAUAAAACUUUAUGAAAAUAUAAAUAAUACAUUAUUUAAUAUUCUGGAAAAUUAGAAAUAUCCAACAGUCUAACUUUAGGGGAAGAAUUAAAGAGUAGUAUAUUAGUUGUAAUAUAAAGUCAUUACAAAAUAUGUCACACAGUCAUUACAAAUCACAUUUUUAAGAUUAUGAAUACUGCUAAUUUACAAGAGAUUAUAAAUUCAUGUUUAUAGUAUACAUAUAACCACCUAAAGUAAACACCAAAUAAUCAAAAUUUACAAUAAAAACUAAAUCUAGAAGGAUUUUCAGAAAAAUGUCAACUGUCAUUGACUUGGAUCAUAGGUGACCCUUCCUACUUUUCUAUAUUUUCCAAAUUUUCUUUAUUAUGUUUUAUCAUUAAAAUACAUUUUUAAAACUCAUAUUUUUACUAUCAAGAUUUUUUGCUUUUUUCUGUUUAAAGAUACUGCGUUUUUCAUAUGUUUUCCUACCUUGAGUAUCUAUAAUAUAUCAUAAACUAAUACUUAAUGUUCAGUAAGGAAAGUAGUGAGGUAGAAAAGACAAAAAAAGUUUUAUAUAAGCCUAUAUAAUCUUACUGAGCUGUUAGCCUAAUUUUCUCAUUCCUGAUGAUGAGUGUGGUGGGCUACAAGAGGUAGCCUUGAAAUAAAUGAUCAGUUGAGGAUAUGCUCAAUGGGUUAAAGAAAGUGACCAUUGAUCAGUUGAUACCUAUAUUAUGGGCAGUUACCACUACUUGCAUUUAUAGAAAAAAAAUUAAGUAAAACAUUUAGAAACUUUCUACCUAUACUUACCAUGACUUCUUGGAGAACAGCAGCCAUGUUUUAUGUUUCCCAUCAUCCAUAGGACAUAGCAUAAAGUGGGCAUAGUAGACACUCAGUGUUGGAUAUUCAUGUCAGGCCCUUCUCCCCUUCACUGUUGCUCUGCUGAACACCUGUCUCCAACAUAGGCCCACCAGGCCGUAACACUUCUGCCACUUGCCCAUUGCUCUCCUCCAUGAACACUGUCAACAAUACUCUGUCAACACUUGCUCUGUGCCAAAGCUGGGCAGUAGCCUGGGGCAAAGGGGAAAAUGCUUCUCUCUUUGGUGCCUGCUCUGUCUACAUCCUCCUUUGAGGGCAGCCACCCUGUCCACAGCCUUUGCUGAUGUAAGUAAGCAUCCUGAAAGCAAGCCAUGUUGUAUAUCAGAUGACCUCCAUGCCCUGGACCCAGCAGAAGGAAUUGGGACGGGCACCCAAGCCAUGGGCAGCCUGUUGUUACCCUACUAGCUUUGACUGAGCCACGAGUGAAACACUAUCCAAAUGAGAUUGGUGGUCAUUCCUGCUUGAGAAUCUCAACUAGGAAGCCAAGAAUGAAGCAACCCAGUCACUGCUUUCAGGAAAAUAAUUAAAGGAUGAGAAAGGAUGCCAAAAUACUGAGAGUAUCUGAUUACUCCACCAAGCCCAUAAACUUGUCAUAUCCAGCACGCUCUUUUCUUAGGUCUCCCAAUGACUCCUCAGUCCUCUUGUAAACAGACUUCUGGAAGGUCAACCCCACCAGUUUGUCAGACACGUUCAGACUGUCUCAGUCUUAUUCAGAUUCAAUACAGCAUCAUACCUUGAGUGGACCAUGAGUAGACAGACGUCAGCUGAACGACUCCACCACAGAACUGGAAACAUUGUCUGAGAACAGGGGUGCAGCCAAAUGCAGUACAGUGUAUGUAUUAUUAAAUUAUUAACACAGCCAUCCAAAAUUUUGUUUUUAUUUAUUUUUUUAAUGUUUUAUUUAUACUUGAGAGAGCACAAGCAGGGGAGGGGCAGAGAGAGGGGGACAGAGGAUCUGAAGCAGGCUCUGCUCUGACAGCAAUGAGGCGAUGUGGGGCUUGAACUCACGAACUGUGAAAUCUUGGCCUGAGACAAAUUCGGAUUCUCAACCAACUGAGCCACCCAGGUGCCUCCCGCAAUUUUGUUUUUAAAGAGCAUUUGCUAAUGAUUUACUUUCAAAGAAAAAAGCUGGAUACAAAUCUAUGUGGGAAGUUUGAGCUCAAAUUUUUAAAUAACCAUCUGAUUACAUGCAGACAUGUAUAAAAUUUCAGAUACAGACCAAAAAAGACAGGAACAAUACCUAAAUGUUAACAGUUAAGAAUUAUUCCCUAAUGAUGGGAUUAUGACUUAUGUUUUUUUAUUUGAAAUUUUCAUUUGAAAAUGUAUUUCUUAAAUAAUGAUAACAAAAAUCUCAUUUAAAAAGAAAGUAUCCUCUCAUCCUAUCUGUAAAAUCUGUUUAAGGAGCUGAGAAUAGAGAAACCCUAAACAUGAAGGCAUGUGUGUGAUAGCCUUUUUUUUUUUUUUUUUUUUUUUUACUCUUUUCAUUUUCUAAUUCUCAGAGAGACUAUUGCUAGCUCAUUUUAAUUAGGAAUGAAUUCUGCUUUAUACAUUUAUGCUUUUAUAUUUGCAAUUUCUCUCUUAUUUCUUUUGCUUCAAUCUCAAUGUAAUUUUUCUGACUUCUUAAAUUCAAUGCCUAGCUUAUCAAUUUUCAAUCUUUCUUUUUCUCUUCUUAAAAUAAGCAUCUAAGACUUCGUACUUUUUCUGUAAGUACCACUUUGGUUGCAUCUUCCAAGUUUUGAAAUGUUGUAUUUUCCUUAUUACUUAGUUAUAAAUAUUUUCUACUUUUCUUUAUGAUCUUUCCCUGUCUAUGUGUUUUUAAAUGUGCUUUUAAAAUUUCCAAUUAUGUGAGUUUGGGCUUUUUUUUUUUAAUUGAUUUCCAGCUUAGUUAUAUCGUGAUUAUACAAUGUGGUGUAUAUGAUUCUGAUACUUUGAACAUUUUUAAAACAUGUUUUAUGGUUACUAUUUGUAAAUAUUUUAUUUACUUUUUUAAAUUUUAUUUUUUAUUUUUUAAAAUUUACAUCCAAAUUAGUUAGAUGGUGCAACAAUGAUUUCAGGAGUAGAUUCCUUUAUGUACUUUAAAAGUAUAUGUUCAUCCAAAUAUUGGGUUCAAGAUUCAAUAGUGUCCAUUAGGAGAAGUUGUUAAUUUUGUCGUUCAGAUCCUUGGUUUCUUUUUGGCUGUUUGCUUGAUCUAUAGUAUCUAUGAAGAUUAAAUGGGUGUAUGUAUGUAUACUAAUUUGUAUAAUCUUAUUUACAUAUUAUAUAUAAUAUAAAUAUAGAAUCUAUUUAUUAUAUAUUAUUUAUCAUAUAUUAUAUUAUAAUUAAUUAUAUAUUAAUAUAUUAGUAUAUUAUAAUUAUAUAUUAAAUUAUAUAUUUAUUAUAUGAUUAUAUAUUAUUAUGUUAUAUAUUAUUAAUAUAUUAUCUCUAUAUUAUAUAUUAUAUUAUUAUAUAUAAUAAUUAUAUUAUAUAUUAUUAUAUAGAUAUAUAAUAAGUAAAUAUAUAAAUACACACAUAUCUCAGAAAACAGUGUUUGGCACAUGGAUACAAUUUAUAAGUAGUCUAUAACGUAGUGGCUUAAAAAAUUUUUUUUUAAUGUUUAUUCAUUUUUGAGAGACAGAGUGUGAGUGGGGCAAGGGGCAGACAGAGAUAGGGAGACACAGAAUCUGAAGCAGGCUCCAGGCUCCAAGCUGUCAGCACAGAGACCAGCACUGGGCUCAAACUCACGAACUGCGAGAUCAUGACCUGAGCCAAAGUCAGACGCUUAACCAACUGAGCCAACCAGGCGCCACUAUAAUGUAGUGGUUUAAAGAUGUACUCUGGAGUCAGAAUGCUCAGAUUCAAAUCUGGGCUCUGCCUUAUUAGCUGUGUGAUCCUGGUCAGGUUUAUUUAAGGCAUUUGUGCCUCUGUUUCUGAAUUUGUAAAGUAGGAAUAAGAACAGAGCUGUGUACAUUUUGAGUUGGUACAUAUAAAGCUCUUAGAACCAGGGUGACUCAGAACCCAGUGUAGUUGGAGCAGAUUUGCAAUGUCUAGGACCUGGAAAUACCACAGCUACAACAGAAUGGGAAGGGAGUGAAGAAAGGUCCUAAGGUUCUAGGGAGAGAAUAGGGUCAGAAGUCUGGGGAGGGAAAGGUAAAGUAGGCAAAGGUAAGAGAAGGCAUUGCUAGGCUAGAGAAAGUGCAAGAGAGGCGAGCACUUCAUUUUGUCGUUUUGACGCAUGUUUGGAGAGUAUAAACAUAAUAGCCAUCAUAAUCUGAUUCCUAAAACCCUAGUCUCUGGUGUAUAUACUUCCAUCCCACUGAAAAGGUACGAGGAGGGGGUGUCUGGGUGGCUCAGUAGGUUAAACAUCUACUCUUUAUCUCAGCUCAGGUCUUUAUUUCAGCUCAAGUCUUGAUCUCAGGGUUGUGAGUUUAAGCCCCACAUUGGGUUCCAUGCUGGGCAUAAAGCCUACUUAAAAAAAAAAAGCUACAAGGAAAGGAUACAAUUAUGAAAACUACAACUAUUUAUAUUUAGAAUGACUCCUGCUAGUUCUGCUUCCUGCUUUGUGAGAUGAAGCUGGAAGUUAGGGACAAGAUUCCAGUCCUAGAGGAACUGGGAUACCUGGUAGGAAACCAAGGUAAGAAGUCAAACUUGAGUGUGUGUAAUUGGGCAGAUAGGGCAGGACACACAAACCUGGCUACUAAAAUCCUUUUACUACAUGUGAUGCCUGGCUACCCUGGCCAGAGCCAGCCCAUGCCUGACCCAAGGAACAAAACCAGUUCAAAUCAAAUGUUUUUUCUGCAUUAAUAUGAAAACACACACAUGCACACACACACACACACACACACACACACACACACAAAAUCUGAUUUCACUCCUGCCUGAAAUCACACUAAAUUUAUAAUAAAGGUUUUUUUUAAGAUGUAAACAAAUAUUCAGAGAUUAGGGGAGACAACAGCAAUAAAAUUACAGAAGCUACAAAGCAUACUGAUAAAACAUAACUGACAAAACCACCUUAAAAAAACAUGAAAAUCCCAAGCUUUAGGAGUAGGGGUGGUAAGCUGAGAGCCAGCAUAAUUUACAUGUCAGAAUCUUCAAAAGACUCCCCGAUGGAUAGCACCAGAUACAUCUGGAACUGGGAGUAAAGGAAGACCAACGAGGAUUGGGUGAGUCCCUGUAUACCUCUCUAUGUCACUGGAAAAUGGCAGACACUUGAAAGUUUAUCCUCUGGAAAGGGUAAAAGAGAGGGUCUCUGAGUUCACCAAAGAGAUGGAUAUUACACCCAAACUAAAGAGAUUAAGUGACUGUUACAUCCUGAAUGAGGGAUACUGAGACACACCUGCCCCAAAGCCCUUUUAAUCCACUCAGAUCUCAGAGUAACUAUUAGCCAGAACUUUCCCUUCCAAGUUGGAGCCUCUUGUAGGGAGUCUGGCCAGUGCAAGAGGGAAAACUUAGAUACUAACUGUGGUAGGCUGAAUAAUAACCCCCCAGAGUGUCCAUGUCCUAAUCCCAAGGGACUGUGAAUAUGUUACCCAGAAAUGGACUUUGCAGAUGUCAUUAAAUUAAGGAUUUUAAAAAGGGGAGAUUAUCCUGGAUUACCCAGGUAAACCCAACAUAAUCACAAAGGUCAUUAUAAGAGAGAGACCAGUAUCACUUUCAGAGAAAGAAGAUACAAGGACAGAAACAGGAAUCGGAGAGGAGAGAAGCUGCCAGGAGGGGGUCAAUCAAGGAAUACAGGUAGCCUGCAGAAGCUGGAAAGGUCGAGGAAAUGGAUUCUCACCUAGACCUCCAGAAGGAACUUGGGCCUGCUAACCUCUUGAUUUUAUAACAGUGAAACUGAUUUUGGACUGUCAUUCCCUAGACCUGUAUGAUAAUAAACUUCUGUUGUUUUAUGUUA